AUGUCGUCGAAGGUGUCACGCUCGCAGACGCCGCGAGAGUUCGCAGCGAAGUUCCGGCACAAGCGGCCGGUGCUGCUGCGCGGCUUUGCGAACGACUGGCCGGCUGUCUCCGCCUGGCUCGACGUCGAGCACCUGCGCGGCCUCCUCCCCGGCAAGAGCGUGACGGUCCUGCGCGCCGGCGAGUUCAAGGAGGCAAACUGCGGCGUGUGGCUCGGAAGCUUCCUGAUCGGCGUGCGCGGCACCAAGCGCGUGACGUACUUUGCGCCGGGCGACUUCCGAGCGCUCUAUCCGCGGGCCAACCAGCCAGAGCUAUCACAAGGCGGCGAGGGGGCAGAGGGCACCGCCGCGGGACGCGCCGAGAGGGCGGCGCGCGCCAGCUCCGCCGAGGCGACGGCCAGAUCAAAGAAUGCGGAGAUGCAAGGCAGUCGAACGGUGUGGGCGACGGCGUGGCACGCGACGCUUUCCCCCGGCGACGCGCUCUACACGCCGCCCUACUACUGGCACCACGUCGAGACGGCGGCUGACGAGGCGGCGCUGUCGGUGCUGGUGCCGUUUGACCCGUCGGCGGAGGAGCCGGUGCACGCGUGUCACUUCCGGUGA